AUGCUGGAGCCUCGGGCGCUCCGAGAACCUACAGCGGCGGCGGCGGCGGCGGAGGACACGGCUGCGGGCACUGCCGCGGGGACGGCCGCUGGUACGGCUGCGGCGGCGAGCGCGGUGCCGGCCGGAGCCGGGAUGGCCGAGAAGAAAAAGGACGGCAACGUCAGGAAGGCGAGGAAGGGCAAAGGGCCCGGCAAGAAGCCCGGUCCAACGGAGCAGGGCGAAGCGCCCGGGUCCGCCACAGCGGUGCCUCCCAAAUUGAAGGAAAUGAAAAACCAAGAGGUUGCUGUGGGUCAGAAGCUAGUGCUAAGGUGUGAAACCACUUCAGAGUACCCUGCACUCAGAUUCAAAUGGUUAAAGAAUGGAAAAGAAAUAACCAAAAAAAACAGACCGGAAAAUGUCAAGAUCCCCAAAAAACAAAAGAAAUACUCUGAGCUCCACAUUUACAGAGCCACGCUGGCUGAUGCUGGUGAAUACGCAUGCAGAGUGAGCAGCAAACUAGGGAAUGACAGUACUAAAGCCAGUGUUACCAUCACGGACACCAAUGAGAGCACCAGCAAGAUACCAGUAUCAACAGAAGGGACAAAAACCUCUUCACAACCCACGCUUAGGAUACAAGCUUCAACAGAAGGAGCAAACACUUCCUCCUUUUGUCCAGUACCUUGCAGAAGGGGAUGUUUCCAAAGCUGCACUACCUCUCUUGCGCCAUCCAGCAGCAACGGCCCGCAUUGCCCUGCACUAUGCAUGCUUGUAUACUAA